AUGUUCGCGGGUCUAGUUUUUCUUUCUCUUUCUUCUCUCCUUGCGACGGGUCAUGCACUGAAGUUUCCCGUUCAACGCCGCGCCGCGAGUCAUUCGGAUACCGUCGUCGUCACCAACCCAGCAAACGCGAACAACGUGGGAUUUUCUGACGCUUGGCAGGCUUAUGGACUGUACACCAUAACAGUGUAUGUUCAAGGCCAGCCCUUCCAAGUCCAGCUCGACACUGGCAGUUCAGACCUGUGGAUCGAUACCUCUAACGUUACAAUUGAUGGGUUCAUUGAUACCGGAUACAAUAGUACUGACAUAUAUGCUGAUUCGACUGAGUCCUCUGGCCCUAUUGUCAUGGCGAAUGUCUCAGUCGGCGAGUUCUUGGUGGAGGGACAAGCUAUGAUCAACGCUAUUGACUCAAAUGCCACUGCUGCUGGCGCCGAUGUCGGUUUGUUGGGGAUUGGUCCCCCACUCGCUUCGCAGAUCUUUUGGCAGCUGUUAAACUCCUCAUAUAGUGGCAUGCCCUUUCUGAAUAACGUAUUCAAUUACCACCCUGACGAACAAGCUUUCAUCACUCUUCUCCUGACGCGCUCAAACAUUGGUAUCACCGAGGGUGGUGUCUUCAGUAUCUCGGAGCUCGUAGUGGAUUAUGCGUCCAUUCUCGAUACGCCUCAGUUGCCGGUUCAUUCAGACACUGAUUUUCUGACAUUCAUGGAUGGCAUCUACGUUAACGGCGAAUUCCUUACUGGCCACUCGAUGGGAGUGAACGGUACGAGCGCGAAUGCCAUUCCCAACGAAAAUCAGACGCUCGUUGUCCUUGAUUCCGGAACGACACUCAUUCCUGCCCCGCAAUACUAUGUUGACGCGAUCUACGGGAAUAUUCCUGGCGCGAACUUCAGUAGUACCAUGAAUACAUACGAAGUGCCUUGCUCUACCAAGUUGAACAUCAGCAUGCUAUUCGGUGAUAUUCUGGUUCCCAUUGAUCCAAUCGACGCCACCAUGGUCAAUGUAACCGAUGAUGGCUCGGUGCAGUGCUUUGGUACGUUCGCGUACAUGUUUGACGGUACUCCCCUGGACUUCCUCCUUGGUGACACUUUUCUGCGGAACGUUUACUCUCUCUUCUAUUAUGGCAAUUGGACUGCCGCUAGUGUGGGUACAGCGCCUUACAUGCAGGUCCUCCCUCUGACGGACCCCGACGCGGCUUGGGCAAACUUUGACGCUCUGAACUUGCAACGUAUCGGGCAGCUCGAGUGGCAGCAGAUGCAGGCGAAUGCGAACAUCACGUCCUCGUAUGCUGAGGCUGCAUCCAUGAGCGUGACAUACUCCCUUGCACCGCCGUCCGCGGUCCGUACCUCUAUCUCUUCUGUACCCCCUUCUUCUGUCCCUAGCACGAGCGUGUUCCCGUCCUCUGCAACCCCCAGUUCCUCUCCCAGCCCCCCCUUCUCCAACUCUCCCUCCUCCCCCUCCUCCAACUCUCCCUCCUCCAACUCUGCAAAUUCCUCUCCAGCUACCCCGAGCAGCACCCCUGGCUCUGCCGUCAGGCCCAACGCGGACCUCGCGUCGUCGUCGUCGGGCGACUCCUCUUCAGUCAACCUGAGCGGGCUGACGCGCAACUCAUACAUCAUCAUGGGCCUCAUCGGCGGCGUGCUCGUGCUCCUCAUCGGCGUGCUCAUCAAGCUCGUGAAAGACUCGCGGAACCAGCAGUACCGAGCGGUGCCCAAUAUUAUCCGCCCGCCGAUGCACUUCAACGACAAGCCGUACGAGCCGGAGAGCGAGGAGUUUACGACGCCGUAUGAUGAUCCCGCGCGGCGGUGA